AUGGCGCCUGUUCCACCCGUGGGACAAAUGGCGUCUAUUCCACCCGUGAGACAGAUGGCACCUAUUCCACCCGUGGGACAGAUGGCGCCUGUUCCACCCGUGAGACAGAUGGCACCUAUUCCACCCGUGGGACAGAUGGCGCCUGUUCCACCCGUGGGACAGAUGGCGCCUGUUCCAUCCGUGGGACAGAUGGCGCCUGUUCCAUCCGUGGGACAAAUGGCGUCUAUUCCACCCGUGGGACAGAUGGCACCUGUUCCACCCGUGGGACAGAUGGCGCCUGUUCCACCCGUGGGACAGAUGGCACCUGUUCCACCCGUGGGACAGAUGGCGCCUGUUCCACCCGUGGGACAGAUGGCACCUGUUCCACCCGUGGGACAGAUGGCGCCUGUUCCACAAACCAGAGGUAUGGGUCCCAAGGCUGCUACAAAGAGCCUCAAACAACCAGCUUUUUCAGCCGCCUGUCUCUCUCAGUAUGGCCGACGCUGUGUGGUGAUCGCCCUUAUGAGAAGUGACAUUAAUGACCAUUUUACAACCUUUAAUGGGGCUUAA